AUGCAGACACGUCCGAGUAGUGAACCACAACGUGGUAAAGUGUUAGAUAGUUCUGAUGCGGAACUAAAGCAAAAGGAGCCAUUGAAAUGUUCCAGUGCCACACUGCAAAAGAAGAAGGUGGUGACGGCGGUGGAUGAAAUGCCUCCGGCUCCGCCUUCAACUCCAGCGACGGCCACUUUGGUGCCCUUAAAUGUGCCGAUUAUUCAGUUGACUCCAGCCAUUGAGAAUUGUGCAGGGAAACCUGUGACAGUCUUACCAUCUACUUGUCCUCCUCCUCCACCUUUAGCGCCAUCCUCUGCAAAGGAAACAAAUUUAUCGGAUAAUAAUAACAACAACAAUAACAAUAAGGAUAACAAUAACAAGGAAAAUUUACCAAGCAGAACUUUAAGCAAGUCGAACAUUGCACCCCUGGGUGCACCCACAAACUAUGUGGCUCGACGUACUUGGAUAACAACAGACCGGAUGAACGAAUUGAGGCGCAAGGCCCAAGAGGCGGCCAAACAGAAUAAAAUUUUCACAAUACGUGGUUGCUUUAAUUCCGUGCGUAAUGCCCUUUUGGCUCGAGGAUGGGUUGAGAAACUUGAUGUUCAUCGUAAAGUUGUGCCCGCUGGCCAAAUGACCUAUGAAGAUCUCACACAGCGGCUACCCAAACGUAAAGCAGGCGAAACUCGUCGUCAAUAUAUAUUGAAGUGUGAGAGGAAUAUUAUGUCCCGUUUUCUGGAGCAUAUGCCAGUGGAUUUCCUCUGGACGAAUCGCAAGGAGAAAUGUGAUUAUAUCGAUCAGGCUAAAAACCCAGGCAUGACCAUCAAUAAAUUUCAUCGUGCUCCGUUCACUUCCAAAGAAGGUCUAUGCAAUCAAUUGAGAGAUUUCCAUUGGUUCUAUGAGGACGGCACAGCGGAAAUGUAUUUCCCUCGUUGCUAUAAUGUUUGGAGUCCCGAGGAGUUGGGCGAAUUUAUUGAUAAUUUUAAGUUAACCGCUUGUGUGGCCUAUUUAAGGGCCAUGCUCUGUAAAUUUCAUAAACAGGGCAGCGAAGCCGUUUUCUCAUCGAGCGGCAAAAUUCCCUACUCCUCCAUUGACUUUGCCUACAAGCGACUCGUUGAAUAUAUUGACAGCUGUCAGCAUAAUGAUAUCGACUACGAAGAUCCACCAAAGAUAUGGGAACACGAUUGGGAUGCUUUUCUCUAUCAGCAUCAUCAGUUGGUCAAUGAGGAUGGACGCAUCCAACACGAUGGCCAGCGUUUAGAGAACAUGAUAAAGACCUGCCUCUUGCUAAUAGACAAAAUGAAAAUCCAUUGGCCCCAAUACAGUUUGGAUGGAUAUCAGAAUUUGUGGAUUGUUAAGCCGGCAAACAAAUGUCGUGGUCGUGGCAUACUUUUAAUGGAUAAUUUAAAGAAAAUUUUGGGUGUAGUCAAUCCGUCGAUAGCAUCGAAAAGUCGUUACGUUGUGCAGAAGUACAUUGAAAGACCGCUCAUAUUGUUUCAAACCAAAUUCGAUAUACGCCAAUGGUUUCUCAUAACGAAUACACAGCCAUUGGUAGUUUGGUUCUAUCGCGAGAGCUACUUGCGUUUCAGUUCACAGGAAUACAGUCUGAGCAAUCAUCACGAGUCCGUGCAUCUCACCAACUAUGCCAUACAAAAGAAAUACACGAAUGGGAAACGAGAUAAACGAUUGCCCAGUGAGAACAUGUGGGAUUGCUACUCAUUCCAGGCUUAUCUGCGGCAAAUAGGCAAAUACAACAUGUGGCUAGAACGGAUAUUUCCCGGGAUGCGCAAAGCGAUAGUUGGUUGUAUGUUAGCAUCGCAGGAGAAUAUGGAUCGAAGGCCGAAUACCUUUGAGUUAUUUGGGGCCGACUUUAUGAUAUGUGAGAACUUUUAUCCCUGGUUGAUUGAGAUCAAUUCCAGUCCAGAUUUAGGAGCCACAACAAGUGUGACGGCACGCAUGUGUCCGCAGUGUUUGGAGGAUGUGGUAAAAGUGGUUAUAGAUCGGCGUACGGAUCCCAAAUCGGAAAUGGGUAAUUUUGAGUUAGCCUAUCGCCAGGUGGUGCCUCCCACUCCCGCCUACAUGGGUCUAAAUUUGUUUGUCAAGGGCAAGCAAAUGUUGCAUAAGGUCAAUCAUGGUCAUAACCAUUACUAUUAUCAGCAGCAACGCAGAGAACGGAGCCUGGCCACCAGCAGUGUCUUUCGCCAACGUUCAGCCAUUUUACCCUCAACAACAAUAUCCCGAAUACACCGAGCCAUGCCCACUUUCAAUGCAACUGAGUAUAUGGAGAAAUAUAUGGUGGAACCAUUGAAUAGCAGUCGCAGUAGUCUUAGUAAUCAACAGUCAUCUUUGGUGAGCUCCAUGAAACCGCCAUCUACAGUUGCAGCACCUCCUCCUCCAGGGUAUCCAUAUAUAUUGAAGCAAGCUGGACGUUCCAUUACCCAAUUGUUAAGUGCCUCACAUAAACGAAUUCCACCUUCUGGCGGGGAGCUAUCAUCAUCAGCGACUUCAAACACGGCUUUACCUCCCAAACGCCAACGCAGUUGUGGUCCCCGCCUGAGUAGCUCCUCCAUUGGUCAGCAGGCAGAACACACAGAGAAGAAAUUUAAAAUUCUAAUCAAAAACUACAGCACCAGUGGCAAUGAGAACACUUUGGAGAAACCGGAGACACUAAGUGCUCCGGCUACAGCUCCCGUCAUCAGUGAACGCAAGUGGCGUAGUUUACGAAACGUUUCCGUUACCACCAGCACCUCCAAUAGCUCCUGUACAGCCAACGGUAAACAAAAAAAUAUACCCGCUCCGACACUUAAUCCACGUCGUUUCAUCCGCACCAAAUCGGAGAUCGAGAGCACAGCCAGCAUGCAUGCGAUUGGCAAAACAUUUGGUCGCAAAUCCAACGGACCACGUCUGCCCAUCAGCAUAUCCGUUCAAGCUCUCCAUCGAGGUGAACCCAUUGUAAGUGCCUUAAAGCAGGUCACCAGCGAACUGCAAUUGACUCAGGCUCAAGUCAUGAGUCCUCGCACUGCCUUAGCCAAUAAGUUGACAAAUUCCUUGCUAACGGUGCCACCGCCAGCACCAACAGCACUGCCUCUAGGAUCAGCGUCAUCCAUGUGAUUAGCUUAGAAGCGGAGAGAGUAUAUCAUUGGAAUCAGAAUGAAGGUUGAUGACUGGUGGCAAAAUGUGAUUAUUUCUUGGUUUAAAUACUACUUUGAUUUAACUCAACAGAUUCGG